UUGCCGGCGCGGCGACUCGCUGGCGUCAGCAGAGGCCGCGGAGGCGGAAGAUGGCGGCGGCGGCGGCGACCGGGCGUCGGUGAGCAGCGCGGCCACGGCGAGGACGGCCGAUGGCGGCCGGGAGGCGCCCUCGGGGACCCGCGGGCCGUUAGGGCGCGACGCUGGGCGGCAUGUCGGAGCACGCGGCGCCCGGGGCCCCGGGGCCCGGGCCCAACGGCGGCGGCGGCGGCGGCGGCGGCCCGGUCCCCGCGCGCGGGCCUCGCACCCCCAACCUCAACCCCAACCCUCUCAUCAACGUGCGCGACCGGCUCUUCCACGCGCUCUUCUUCAAGAUGGCUGUCACCUACUCGCGGCUCUUCCCACCCGCCUUCCGCCGUCUCUUCGAGUUUUUCGUGCUGCUCAAGGCGCUGUUCGUGCUCUUCGUCCUGGCCUACAUCCACAUCGUCUUCUCACGCUCGCCCAUCAACUGCCUGGAGCACGUGCGGGACAAGUGGCCCCGGGAGGGCAUCCUGCGUGUGGAGGUCCAGCACAACUCGAGCCGCGCGCCCGUCUUCCUGCAGUUCUGUGACGGCGGCCGUCGCGGCAGCUUCCCCGGCCUGGCCGUGGAGCCGGGCAGCCCCGAGCCGGAGGAGGAGGAAGAGGAGGAGCUGGCCGUGGACAUGUUCGGGAACACCUCCAUCAAGUUCGAGCUGGACAUUGAGCCCAAGGUGUUGAAGCCACCGGGCGGUGCCGAGGCCCCGAAUGACAGCCAGGAGCUCCCCUUCCCAGAGACGCCUACAAAAGUAUGGCCCCAGGACGAGUAUGUGGUGGAGUACUCCCUGGAGUAUGGCUUCCUACGGCUGUCACAGGCCACGCGGCAGCGGCUCAGCAUCCCCGUCAUGGUGGUCACCCUGGACCCCUCCCGGGACCAGUGCUUCGGGGACCGCUUCAGCCGCCUGCUGCUGGCCGAGUUCCUGGGCUACGACGACAUUCUCAUGUCCAGCGUCAAGGGCCUGGCGGAGAACGAGGAGAACAAGGGCUUCCUGCGCAACGUGGUGUCCGGUGAGCACUACCGUUUCGUGAGCAUGUGGAUGGCACGCACGUCCUACCUGGCCGCCUUUGUCAUCAUGGUCAUCUUUACCCUCAGCGUUUCCAUGCUGCUCAGAUACUCCCACCACCAGAUUUUUGUCUUCAUUGUGGACCUGCUGCAGAUGCUGGAGAUGAAUAUGGCCAUCGCCUUCCCCGCGGCGCCCCUGCUCACUGUCAUCCUGGCCCUAGUAGGGAUGGAGGCCAUCAUGUCGGAGUUCUUCAACGACACCACCACGGCCUUCUACAUCAUCCUCAUCGUCUGGCUGGCCGACCAGUACGAUGCCAUUUGCUGCCACACGAACACCAGCAAGAGGCACUGGCUGCGGUUCUUCUACUUGUACCAUUUCGCCUUCUACGCCUACCACUACCGCUUCAACGGGCAGUACAGCAGCCUGGCCCUGGUCACCUCCUGGCUCUUCAUCCAGCAUUCCAUGAUCUACUUUUUCCACCACUACGAGCUGCCUGCCAUUCUGCAGCAGAUCCGAAUCCAGGAGAUGCUGCUACAGACCCCGCCACUGGGCCCCGGGGCCCCCACAGCGCUUCCGGAUGACCUGAACAACAAUGGGGGUGCCCCAGCCGCCAUCCCCGACCCUGCUGGCCAGCCCCCCGCCCUGGGCCCUGGCUUGUCGGGCACUGGUGGGGGCCCUGGGCCUGUGGCUGAGGCACCCAGCUCUCUGGUGGCUGCGGCGGCUUCAGUGGCGGCGGCAGCCAGCGGUGACCUGGGCUGGAUGGCAGAGACGGCCGCCAUGAUCACAGACGCCUCCUUCCUGUCUGGCCUCAGUGCCUCCCUCCUGGAGCGGCGGCCCGCUGGUCCGCUGAGCCCUGGUGGGGGGUUGCCCCGAGCCCCCCAGGACAGUGCCCCCUCCAGCAACUCCCUGGCGCAUGACACAGCGCUCCCAGCCGCCGGGGUGAGUGGGCCCAGUCCUGCACCCACAACCCCAGUGGACCCACCCCCAGAGGUCGGUUCCUGAGCCUUGGGCAGCUGACCACCCCGUCCCUGGCCAUGCAGGCCCACUGGGUGUGACCCGGCUGGAGCCCUCGGGUGUCGGGGAGGCUGUCCGGUGGUUCUAGGGACUGGCCAGCGCCUUGGGUGGUGUCGGGGUCCAUCAGGUUGGCCCAGAGGAGGGUUCCUCUUCCCCUAUGUGGGGCCUGCCCGAGGCCUGUCCCUGCUGUUAGUGGUGGGCCCCCUCAGCCAGCGAAUCGAAUCGAGGCAGGUCAGAGGGGGGGGUGGGGACUCCAUGGAAGGUUCUGGAGAGGGCUGGUGAACCGUGUGGAGUGAGCUGUCCCUUGGCAGCAGAGCCGGACAAGUCUCUACUAAGGUGAACGCCGGUGGGGGCCACCCUCGCUGUCCCGGCCCGCUCGGCUGGUGCUCCAUCAUGCUCAGUGCCUUUUCCACGGCCCCUGACCCCCGGUGUGUGUACCAGGGCUGGGGUCCCGGGAGGGCAAAGUCCACGCCUUGGGCUUGGGGAUGCGGUGGCCGGGCGUGGGGGUCCAGCCCUGCUGGGGUGGGAGUGGGACAGGGCUGGUGGCCAAACUAAAUUACUCGGUGAGGAAUGCAGAAGAGCGCUCAUUCCAUUCUAUUUAAUUGCAGUGUACAAAAUUGUGUUUGUAUAUAGAAUAAACUGUUGACAGCGA